AUGUUCAAGCACCAAGCCAUCCUCCUCGCCGUGGUCCUCGCCGCCAUCUCGGUCUCGGCCGCCCCCGCCCACCCUCACCCUCACCCUCACCCUCACCCUCACCCUCACCCUGCGCCUUCGGCUUCGGCUUCGGCUUCCGCCGUUCCGGUGCCCGUCUCCAGCGCCUCUGCCUCGGCCGUCCCGAGCGCUUCCUCCCCUGGUGCUUCCUCCCAAAUCGCCUCGGGCGCUGCUGGCGAGCCUCAGUCUCUUGCCUCCAGCGAGGCCUCGGUCAUUCAGAGCGUCAUCGGUGACGCCACUUCGAUCAUCUCCUCUGCCGUCGCUCAGGCCACCUCUAUCCUCGGCGACGCCGCCGACAACCUCCCCACUCGUCGUGACAGCUCCAACGACGACCUCGUCGACGCUGCCGGUGCCAACGCGGGCAUCUUUGGCCUGAACAACAUCAAGAACCGUCGCGACGACUCGAGCGACGACGACCUUGCUGACGCCAAGGGAGUCAACGGCGGCAUCUUCGCGCUCAACAACCUCCGCCGCGACUCGAGCAACGACGACCUCGUCGACGCUGCCGGUGUCAACGGAGGCAUCUUCGGCCUGAACAACAUCAAGAACCGCCGCGACGACUCGAGCGACGACGACCUCGUCGACGCCAAGGGAGUCAACGCCGGCAUCUUUGGCCUGAACAACCUGCGCCGCGACGACACCUCCGACGACGACCUCGCCGACGCCAAGGGUGCCAACGCUGGUAUCUUUGCGCUCAACAACAUCAAGAACAAGUUCCGCCGUGAUGACUCGGACGAUGACCUCGCUGACGCCAAGGGAGUCAACGGCGGCAUCUUCGGCUUGAACAACAUCAAGAACAAGCUCCGUCGCGACUCGUCUGACGACGACCUCGCUGACGCAAAGGGUGUCAACGGUGGCAUCUUUGGCCUCAACAACCUCCGCCGCGACGACUCCGACGACGACCUGGUCGACGCAAAGGACGUCAACGGUGGCAUCUUCGGCCUCAACAACAUCCAGAAGAAGCGCGACUCGUCCGACGAUGACCUCGUCGACGCAAAGGACGUCAACGGUGGCAUCUUCGGCCUCAACAACAUCCAGCGCCGCGACGACAGCUCCGACGAUGACCUCGUCGACGCCAAGGAUGUCAACGCCGGUAUCUUCGGCCUCAACAACAUCCAGAAGAAGCGCGACUCGUCCGACGACGACCUCGCUGACGCCAAGGACGUCAACGCCGGUAUCCUGGCGCUCAACAACAUCAAGAGGAUGCAGAAGGCGCGCCGCGAUGACUCGAGCGACGAUGACCUCGUCGACGGCAAGGGCUUGAACGGCGGUAUCUUCGGCCUCAACAACAUUCAGAAGAAGAGGGACUCGUCCGACGACGACCUCGUCGACGCCAAGGACGUCAACGGUGGCAUCUUUGGCCUGAACAACCUCCAGCGCCGUGCUCACCCGCACCCCCACCCUCACCCUCACCCCCACCCUCACCCUCACCCUCACCCGACCCUGACGGCCUCUGCUCAGCCCACGGCCAGCGCCAGCGCCAGCGCUCUUCCCGUACCCGUUUCCAGCGGCUCCGCUCUUCCCUCUUCCGUCAGCUCGGGCUCCAGCGGUCUCCCCUCGUCCAUCGGCUCCAGCGGUCUUCCCUCGUCGAUCCAGUCGUCUUCGAUGCCCUCUGCCUCGAUGUCGUCGAUGUCCGCCUAA